CCAAAACCGUGUGAACGUACAUCAACUCCUUUAUUAUACAUACAAUAUCUAUAUAUAUGUAUAUGUAUAUAAUUUCUGCUCACUCCGACAAUCUAUAAAUUACAACCACCUACUAAAGCCCAACUACAAUAUUUGUCUCCAAAUUUUUUCUCUAGUUCACAUUCCCUUUCCCUCUUUCUCUUUCUAUAUGUAUAGUCUUUGACUCCAUAUAUACUUACGCUUUGAAUCUGUAUUUUAUCCAGUCACCAGUUCAAUCUUGAAGAAUCUGUAAUUCUUUCUCCCGUUCAAUUACGAGUUUGUUUUCUUGCGUAUUGAGGAGUCAUGUUGUUAAGAAAACACAUAAUUGGCUUGAUAAUGGUGACGAUUAUGGAGGUAUUGGCGAUGAAGAAAUGCAUAGCGUCAGAGAUCAACAGAAGCAGUUUCCCGCCGGGUUUUGUGUUUGGGACCGCUUCUUCUGCUUUCCAGUACGAAGGGGCAGUGAAAGAGGAUGGAAGAGGACCCACCGUUUGGGACAAAUUUUCACAUUCUUUUGGUAAAAUUGCAGAUUUUAGUAAUGCUGAUGUCGCAGUGGAUCAGUAUCAUCUCUACGAGGUAAACUCCCAUACCAGAUACAUACAUACAUAUAAAGGAAAGAUUUAUAAUAACAGCUUGUGGUGGAAACAGGGAGAUGUACAACUUAUGAAGGAUAUGGGAAUGGAUGCCUACAGAUUUUCAAUCGCUUGGUCUAGGAUUUUUCCCAAUGGAACUGGUGAAAUAAAUCAGGCAGGAGUGGAUCACUACAACAAUCUCAUCAAUGCUUUACUUGCUAAAGGAAUUGAACCAUACAUCACGCUUUACCAUUGGGACCUUCCUCAAGCGCUUGAAGAUAGAUACAAUGGAUGGCUGAGUCCACAAAUUAUAAACGACUUUGCAGUAUAUGCAGAGACUUGUUUUGAGAAAUUUGGUGAUAGGGUGAAGCAUUGGAUUACAUUCAAUGAGCCUCACACAUUCGCCAUACAAGGUUAUGAUGUAGGCCUCCAGGCGCCAGGACGCUGCUCUAUUUUGCUUCGUACCUUUUGCAGGGCAGGGAACUCUGCAACAGAACCUUACAUUGUUGCCCACAAUGUCCUCCUUUCUCAUGCAACAGUUGCUGAUAUUUAUAGGAAAAAGUACAAGCCAAAUCAACAUGGAUCACUUGGGUUAUCAUUUGACGUAAUUUGGUAUGAACCAAAGAAAAACACCACAGAAGACAUUGAAGCAUCUCAAAGAGCCCAAGAUUUUCAGCUUGGCUGGUUUUUGGAGCCUUUGUUUUUUGGAGAUUAUCCAAUAUCAAUGAGGAGUAGGGUAGGAAGCCGACUGCCUAAGUUUACCACCUAUGAGACUGAUCUUGUUAAGGGUUCUUUGGAUUUUGUUGGAAUUAAUCACUACACUACAUUUUAUGCAACAAACAAUAAAACUGGUAUAAUUGGUUUUCUACUUAAUGACACUGUUGCAGACUCGGGUGCUUUUACCCUUCCAUUUAAAGAUGGAAAAGCAAUUGGAGACAGGGCAAAUUCUAUAUGGUUGUACAUAGUACCUCAAAGCAUGAGAAGCCUAAUGAAUUAUAUCAAGAAAAAAUAUGGAAACCCAAUAGUGAUUAUCACUGAGAAUGGGAUGGAUGACCCGAAUAAUCCUCUAAUCUCCCGAAAUAACGCAUUAAAAGACGAAAAGAGAAUCAGAUACCAUAACGAUUAUCUAACCAACUUACUUGCUGCUAUCAAAGAGGACGGAUGCAAUGUAAAAGGGUAUUUUGUUUGGUCUUUGCUGGACAACUGGGAAUGGGCAGCGGGGUACACUUCAAGAUUUGGUCUGUAUUUUGUGGACUACAAUGAUAAGCUGAAGAGAUAUCCAAAGAGUUCUGUUCAAUGGUUCAAGAACUUCCUUACUCCUACUAGAUCAAACUAGUUUGUUCUUAAUUAGAAGGAAAUGAUGCAAUUUGAUCUCA